AUGCUAGACACAGCUAGCAAUGGGAACUUCCUCAACCAGGAUGUAGAUGAUGGCUGGCAACUUGUGGAGAACAUAGCUAACUCAAAUGGAAGCUAUGGAGAAGAGUAUGAUCGCACCAACCGGAGCUCGACCCACCACUCGAUCGAGUCAGACGAAAAGUUGAGAAAAGAUGUUAAGGCAUUGAAUGAGAAGUUGGAUAAGCUGAUCCUAGCUCAGUCCACAAUGAAGAAAGUCAACUUUGUGUCUGCUGAGGAGAUGGAACCAGUCCAAGAAGGGGAGGAUACACAAUUUGCUGAGGUGUGCUACAUGAGCAAUGGGCAAGGAGGUUACAACAAAGGAUACUAUAAUUACAAGUCCAACCCUGCCAUGUCAUACCGCAACACUGAUGUUGCUAACCCUCAGGACCAAGUAUAUCCUCAACAACAAGCAGCUCGAUCGAGUCAGGUGCCACAACAUGGGCUUCCCCACCAACCGCCCCAGCCUGCACCUUCACAAGAGAAUGAGCUCAAGGCAAUGCUAAAGCAACUACUUCAAGGGCAAGCUGAUGGGGUAGUGGACACAAGCAAGAAGCUAGCUGAAAUAAACUCUAAGAUCGAGAACCUCAACACAAGGGUUUACUCUCUGGAGAAUCAUGCUUCUUCUGUUGCUGCUGCUACAAAGCAAGGACAACUACCUGGUAAAGCUAUUCAGAACCCCAAGGAACAGUGCAAGGUCAUCUUCACUCAAGAAGGACUUGUUGAAGAAGAGGAUCAAGAAAGGGUCAUUGAAGAUUUUUGUUUACUGCUGAAUGAUGAAGAGAUUGUUGCUGCUGAGGCUCCUGGAGUCCAGAUUGAUCAACCAGAAGUGCAGGCACCUACUGUGGCCAUUCACACUUCACCAGUUGAGCUCGCACGACAAGCUCGAUCGGCAGCUCGAUCGAGUCCAACUCUAGCUCGAUCGAGUCCGACCUCUUCUGUCCCAACCUUUUUGCUUGAUCCUUACCAACCGGUUGCCGCUUCCUCGUCUCGCCUACUUAGUCAAGGUCACAAGGAAGUGAUUCACAAGUUCAGAAGAGAUCUCAGUGGGAUUGGAAUUGAGUUGCCUCCUAUGGAUAGCAUGAGUGAGGCAUUUGAUCAAAUGCAAAUGGUCAAGGAUGUUCUAGCCAACAGUGAUAAAGUUUCAGAGGUCCUACAAGAGUCUACUCAUCAGUUCAACCUGCUUACUUCACCCACCUUCCUACCAAAGGUCAAGGAUCAAGGGAAAUUCACUCUCCCUUGCACACUUGGGCAUCUUGAGAUUGACAAUGCCUUAGUGGAUUCUGGAGCAAGCAUCAAUCUGAUCUCUCUCUCCAUGGCAGAGAAGCUAGGCAUUGCUGGAGCCUUGCAGCGCCCUACUACUUCAAUCAUGUUUGGAGAUGCAACUUCUAAGUCUCCUCUUGGAGUGUUCAAGAACUAUCACUUGAAAAUUGGAGAAUGCAUCAUCCAAACUGAUCUCACUGUGAUGGAAAUGGAAGAAGAGAAGGAUUUGCCUCUGUUAUUGGGAACCCCUUUCCUUAGUACAGUUGGCGCUUCAAUAGACUUUCACAAGCAAGAAGUGAUCCUUCACAAGGUGAAUAGUUUGGUGUCAUAUCGCUUGCAGCCUAGAGGUUCAGACUUUUGUGCCACAAUUGACAGUACCACUCUCAGUUCUAAGAGUCAUGGAGCUACAAAGGUUGUGAAGGAAAGGGUUGACAAGGAACCAAGAGUUGGGAAGGAUAAGGAUGAGAGAGGACCAAGGAUUGAGAAGCCACGUCUUGAGAGGGCUAGAGUUGAGAAACCACGAUCUGAUAGGCCAAGAGCUGAGAGACUUGUUCAAGCCCCUUGUGUGCUUGAUGAAGAGAGCCUUCAAGCUUUGUUUGAUGAGCCACUAGGAAGGGCUCUAAAAGAAGGGGAGGAUGCAGCCUCUAAGGCAAGACCAGGGAUAAAAGAAAGGAUCCACCAGCUCAGGCCCCUUCAUCAAGCCAUCUCAGCUCACAAUGACUUUGUUCCCCACCAAGUUUGA